AUCGUAAUUCAAGAAACAGAUCACACCAACGCAGCUCCACGUCUCAGAAUGGCAAGGUCAAUGUAUGAUUUAUUGCAAUGCAUGAGAUUAGGAAUUAUUUUUGGAUCAUACGACGCUGAGGGAGUCAAGAACAAGUUACAGAUCUAAAUGAGAGGAGUACGGAAGAAGGGACCUGUCGGUGGGGCAGAAGUCAUCGGCGUGGCACUGUGAAGAAGGGUUUAAUUGUACUCUCCGCCCUUAAACAGGCUGAACUCUAAGAGCCAAACCCACCUGCCGUGGUUCUGAGUGAGAUGGAGUUGGUGGGACCCUAUAAAGUGCCCAAAAAAAAGCCUGGUGGCUAACACUCACUCACCGGCACCGAAGAAAGGGACUUGUCCAGCAGAAGAUAAUGGCUCAUUCAUGGGGAUAUGGUCCUGACAAUGGACCGAGCACUUGGUAUCAUUCCUUCCCCAUCGCUCAAAAUGAUCACCAGUCUCCUAUCAAUAUAGAAACCAGUCAAGCAAAGUACGACCAAUCUCUUCAACCAUUGAGAGUUAGCUAUGACCCAUCAACCUCACAAGUAAUCUUAAACAAUGGCCAUUCCUUCAACGUAGAGUUUGAUGACUCUAAAGACAAAUCAGUUGUUAGAGGCGGAGCCCUGGAAGGAACCUACAGAUUGAAGCAGUUCCACAUUCACUGGGGAUCAUGUGAUGGCCAUGGUUCCGAGCACACUGUGAAUGGAGGCAACUACGAUGCAGAGCUCCAUCUGGUGCACUGGAACACACAAUACGGCAGUUUUGCUGAAGCUGUGAAACACUACAAUGGGCUUGCGGUAAUUGGCGUUUUUCUAAAGGUGGGUAAAGCCAACCAUGCGCUGCAGCCAGUGAUUGAUGCCUUAGCAUUAAUUCCAACAAAGGGGAAAGAGGCUCCUUUCCUUAACUAUGAUCCUUCAGGUCUGCUCCCAAGUUCUUUGGAUUUCUGGAACUAUCAGGGAUCUCUGACCACUCCACCACUCCUGGAGUGUAUCGUCUGGCACGUUCUUAAAGAGCCAAUUAGUGUGAGCAAGGAUCAGUUGUCAAAGUUCCGAGGCCUUUACUUCAAUGAUGAACAUGAAAGUCCCUGCCACAUGGUGAACAACUUUCGUCCACCGCAGCCAUUGAAGGGGCGUGUCAUUAGAGCCUCAUUCCAUUAGGAUCUGAAUCACCCAUAUGUGCCGUGAUCAAGCUUGGAAUCCACACCCUAUUGUUUAAUUAUCUAUUGCUGUGUGCACAGUGGAAGCUUUUACCCCCGUCUAUGCUGAAUCUCUAAUUCCCUCGCGAGUAUUAGGAUCUGAUUAAUGAAAUGUGAAAGUCAGCUGUUGUAGACAAAUCAUUAAUAAAUGUGAGUUGUUGCUUACAGGACAUAGCCACUACUGAUCUCUCUUCCAUAAAUAAUGCUGCAUCCAUAUAAAGAGAACUGGGGACUAUUUCCCCUAUUUUAUUUUCUAGAAUUAUGUCUUAAAGAAUAAACUUGAAGUCCAUGCACUGCUAUGUGUUACAUAAUGGGAACUGGUGUGUGUUGUAAUUGUUCCAGAGAUUAAAGAAAUAUUGAUUUUAAUAGAAAUGUAAAUCUUAUAUAUAUAUAUAUAUAUAUAAAAACAGAAUAUAUAUAUUAAUAUAUAUGAAAAAGUCUUACUGGUGCUUAUUUUUGCUAAGUUUGAAAACAGAAUAUAAAGAA